AUGCCUCUGACUGGUCACUGUCUCUGCGGCGCGGUCACUUACACCGCUGACGUCGACGCGCCCCUGGUCACCGCCUACGACCACUGCGAUGACUGCCAGCGCCAGAGUGGCUCGACCUACUCCCUCGUCGCCGUCGUCCCCAAGGACAAGUUGACCAUCAAGGGAACCACCAAGAGCUACGCUGGCACGGGUACUUCCGGUCACAAGGUUCACCGGGUCUUCUGCCCUGAGUGCGGCUCUCCCAUUGCCCACGACCCGGAUGCGGCCCCGGAGAUCAUUGCCCUCAAGGCCGGCACCUUGGACACCGAGAUCAAGAAGAACCUGAAGCCGGAUACCGAGAUCUGGACCGUCAGCAAGCUGCCCUUCUGCCAGGAGAAACUGGCCCACCCCUUCGAGCACAUGCCUCAGUAA